AAGAGACAGGAAGCAGAGUCGCCAUUUUAGCACUGGAGGUAGAGGAAACAUCGGUAUUUUUGGAAACUGUCAAAUAACCUGCCCCCGAUAUGGACUCGAAUGUAGUAGGGUCGAAUCGGGUAGUGCGGGCAAGUAUGGUGGAGGGUGUCGGAGCCCGAGUAGCCCGAGGACCAGACUGGAAAUGGGGCAAACAAGACGGAGGUGAGGGUCAUGUUGGUACGGUGAGGAACUUCGAAUCCCCCGAAGAAGUGGUCGUAGUGUGGGAUAAUGGAACUGCGGCUAAUUAUAGAUGUGCUGGAGCUUACGAUCUCAGAACUUUGGACAGUGCACCAACAGGAAUCAAGCAUGAUGGAACCAUGUGUGACACCUGCCGGCAACAACCCAUAUUUGGGAUUCGUUGGAAAUGUGCAGAAUGCUCGAAUUAUGAUCUGUGUUCAGUCUGUUACCAUGGAGACAAGCAUAAUCUCAGGCACAGGUUCUAUAGGAUUAACACACCAGGAAGUGAAAGAGUUUUGGUGGAACCUAGGAGGAAAAGUAAGAAAAUCACAGCUAGAGGGAUAUUUCCUGGAGCUCGUGUUGUACGAGGAGUAGACUGGCAGUGGGAAGACCAAGAUGGAGGAAAUGGAAGGAGAGGAAAAGUUACUGAAAUACAAGACUGGAGUGCAGCAAGUCCUAGGAGUGCUGCCUAUGUCAUCUGGGAUAAUGGUGCUAAGAAUUUAUACAGGGUUGGAUUUGAAGGAAUGGCUGACCUUAAGGUUGUCAAUGAUGCCAAAGGAGGGUCUUUCUACAGAGACCAUUUACCUCUGCUAGGUGAAGCAGGUGCUGGGUCAAGGUCAGGUGCUAGUGGGUUUGCCAUUAAUGAUCAAGUCAAUGUGGACCUGGAUCUAGAGAUAGUUCAGUCCUUACAGCAUGGACAUGGGGGCUGGACAGAUGGGAUGUUUGAGUGUUUGGGAACAACGGGGACAGUCGUAGGGAUAGAUGAGGACCAUGACAUUGUUGUGUCAUAUCCAAGUGGAAAUAGGUGGACAUUUAACCCAGCAGUUCUUACCAAGGUGAAUACCAUCAGCUCCAUAUCUGCCUCCACAGAAUCUGUCAACACCAGUCUGCAGUUUGCAGUGGGUGACCUGGUGCAGAUCUGUAGUGACACAGAGAGGAUCAAAGUGUUACAAAGAGGGCAUGGGGAAUGGGCUGAGGCCAUGAUGCCAACACUAGGCAAGAUUGGCCGAGUACAGCAGAUCUAUCAUGACAAUGACUUGAAGGUAGAAGUGUGUGGGACAUCAUGGACAUAUAAUCCAACAGCUGUAACCAAAGUGGCAUCUGCAGAUGGAGCCACUGUAGGAAACUCUUCAGGAGAACGUUUGAGUGCUCUGUUGAAGAAGUUGUUUGAGACUCAUGUGUCAGGAGACAUAAAUGAAGAGUUGGUGAAAGCCGCCGCUAAUGGUGAUGCUCAGAAGUGUGAAGAGAUUCUGCAGAGGACAGAAUCUGAUGUGAGUCUGCCAAAUCCCAAUGGAGUAUUUGCUGGACACACUGCACUACAAGCAGCAUCCCAAAAUGGCCAUGUUGAAGUCAUCAAGACACUGAUGAAGUAUGACUUGGAUAUGGAAAUAGAGGACAAAGAUGGUGACAGGGCUGUGCAUCAUGCAGCAUUUGGUGAUGAGCCGUCAGUGGUUGACAUGCUCCAUAGAGGGGGUGCUGAUCUCAAUGCCAGGAACAAGAGGAGACAAACUCCACUCCACAUUGGGGUCAAUAAAGGUCACAUCGGUGUGGUGAAAAUGUUACUGGAGCUGGGAUGUCACCCUAGCUUACAGGAUUCUGAAGGCGACUCGGCUAUUCAUGAUGCUAUCAGCAAGAAGAGAGAUGACAUGAUCAGCCUGCUGCUGGAGUAUGGUGCAGACAUCACGUUGACCAAUAACAAUGGCUUCAAUGCUUUACACCACGCAGCUCUGAGAGGAAAUCCCAGUGCUAUGCGCAUCCUGCUGGCCAAGCUACCAAGACCAUGGAUAGUAGAUGAGAAAAAGGAUGAUGGCUACACAGCACUGCAUCUGGCUGCUCUCAAUAACCAUGUGGAAGUGGCUGAGCUCCUUGUGCAUCAGGGCAAGGCCAACCUUGACAUUCAGAAUGUGAAUCUCCAGACCCCAUUGCAUUUAUCAGUAGAGAGGCAGCACACACAGAUUGUACGGCUUUUGGUGAGAGAGGCAUGUAAUCUUAACAUCCCAGACAAGGAUGGUGACACUCCCCUCCAUGAAGCACUAAGGCAUCACACACUAUCACAGCUGAGACAGCUACAGGAUAUGCAAGAUGUUGGCAAGCUCUUGAUGGGCUUGGGGACUCAAGGUGCAGACAAGAAGUCCAGUGCAUCCAUUGCCUGUUUCCUGGCAGCUAACGGUGCAGACCUGAACAUCAAGAACAAGAAAGGCCAGUCUCCCCUGGAUCUCUGUCCAGACCCUAACCUCUGUAAGGCUCUUGCCAAGUGUCAUAAGGACAAAUCUAGUGCUGGUAUGACCCCUGCCUCUUCCAUCACGCUGCGCCAAGACGAGGAGUCUCUUGAAGAAUGCAUGGUGUGUUCAGACAUGAAGAGGGACACGUUGUUUGGGCCGUGUUGUCACAUAGCUACCUGUAGUUUGUGUUCACCCAGAGUGAAGAAGUGCUUGAUGUGUAAAGAACAAGUGCAAUCCAGAACCAAGAUUGAAGAGUGUGUUGUGUGUUCUGACAAGAAAGCUUCAAUUCUUUUCAAACCAUGUGGACAUAUGUGUGCUUGUGAUGGUUGUGCUGCUCUGAUGAAGAAAUGUGUUCAGUGUAGAUCCUCCAUUGACAAGAUGAUCCCAUUCAUUGUUUGUUGUGGAGGGACACCACCUCCCACCGUCACACCAGCUGGAAAGAAUGAAGUGCUGAACAAUGUUCAUGAUGUCCAGAAAUUACAGCAACAGUUGCAGGAUAUCAAAGAUCAGACUUGCUGUCCAGUCUGCAUGGACAGGCUGAAGAACAUGAUCUUCUUGUGCGGCCAUGGCACUUGUCAGCUGUGUGGAGACAGGAUGUCAGAAUGCCCCAUCUGCAGGAAAGGAGUGGAGAAGAGGAUCCUUCUCUAUUAAAAAAUACAGCAGCAAUGCUGGAGCCUGUUUCACAACUCUUCUUGUGACCAAAGUUACCAUUUUUACAACAUAGACAAAUUAGGAUUUUUAUGUCAUACAUAAGACAUGGACUCUUAGCUCAAUUUUAUUUAUUUCACCCACAGACUUGCUAUAAAAUAGAGUCAGAAGUGAUAUUGUCUUAAAGGUGACACUGCAGGAACAGGUGGUUCUAAGUGAAGGUUAAACAGGGUUAAAUCACCUCUUAGGUGAGACUAGUAUUGUUGUUGUAAACUUACUGAACCAUAAUACUUGGAGAAGUUUGAAAGUGGAUGAUGAGAUUAAUUAUUGGAUUUGGUGUCAUGUUUAGAAAUUGAAACUGAAAUUAUAACAACAUUUGUUGCCAAAUAGAAGAGUUCAGCAUUCAAGCUCAUCUUUCAAUGUAGUUUGUAAAAGUAUUUGAAUUUUUUUCUUUAAAACACCACAUUAAG